GCCCACAGUCUACCCCCGCCACUUCAACUCGUGUUCCAGCUCCCAUAACUGUUCCACUUUCUCCGCGCACCGAUCGGCAUAUGGGGCCUCGCGUGCUUGCGUCUUCCACACCCGUGACGCCCGCGUUUAUGGAGUCGGAUCCCGCACGCGAUGUGCCUACACCCAGGAAGAUCCACGGGAUUCUGAAACGCGCAAAAAGUGUCCACUUCGCACCGCCGCCCGCUAGAGACGGCGGGAACGCUUCCGCAGACAGGACACCCACUCAAGAACCGUUGAAGACCACAUCGCCAACCUGGCAGCCAUCGCCGCUCAGAGAGUGUUUCACCAUUGCAGACAACGCGUUCACCACGACACACCUCGCCGAUGCUUCUGUCCUGGUCAAUGGGGACAGCGCCUCGGCAAAUAUCACUCUCCCCCAUCUUACCACACCCGAUCAUCGCCGCCCGCAAGCCCAUCAUACGCCGCAAACCCAGAAAGACAACUUUUCCGGGGCCGGAGUCGGUCCCUUCGUCGACAAAUUGAACCGCUCAGAUCUCACCACCGUUGUCUCUCCCGGACGGGUUCCUGCCGCCUCGGCUAAGGUCCCAAAAGGCUCUCGGUCCGUGUCCCCUCAGCUCCACCGCAAGUCCAAGGGGCUGCGCUCCCGAAAGGGCUCGAUGGCGUCUACGGAAAAGGAGAACAAGCGGUCGCCGUUCCGUAUUUCGUUGGGGACCGCGUCAAUCAGUACGCCGCAGCGUGGCCGGAAGAACGAGAACGAGAACGAGGCCCGGCGCGACGGUGGGGGUGCAAGUCAGAGUGCGGGAGGCCAGACCCCACAGAAGGGCAGACGUCGGUCAACGCCGUUGAAGUCGUUGUUAACGUUGAAGCGCCUCCGAUGAUUUAGAAUUGUCAGACCAUUGUUUUUUUCUGUGAUGGAAUGGGAGAUGGACACUUG